UUCUGCUCAGUGCGCAUGCGCAGUCUUUUCUUUUUGUUCCCCCCCCCCCAAAGCAGACAAAAUGGCGGCGCCCGUGGACCUUGAGCUGAAAAAGGCAUUUACUGAACUUCAGGCUAAGGUCAUAGAUACUCAGCAAAAGGCGAAGCUUGCAGAUCUACAGAUAGAUCAACUGAACAGAACAAAAAAGCAUGCCCAUCUUACUGAUACAGAAAUUAUGAUGCUGGCUGAUGAAACCCGAAUGUAUGAAGGUGUAGGAAGAAUGUUUAUCCUUCAGUCUAAAGGAGUAAUUCACAACCAGCUCCUAGAAAAGCAAAAGAUAGCAGAGGAGAAAAUUAAAGAACUGGAGCAGAGAAAGUCAUACCUGGAGAGGAGUGUAAAGGAAGCAGAAGAUAACAUCCGGGAGAUGCUGAUGGCAAGAAGAGCACAAUAAGAGCUACAUGUUCAGCUGGGCCUGCUCUUUGCAUUUAGACUGAACAGCUGAAAGCAGAGAAUGCUAGAAGUCUUGACCACUGGACUCCUGCAUGUUGAAAACAUAUGGAGGUUGGCUUAUCAUAGCCAUGUCAUGUGAAAACAAAUAAAUUCUACCUGGACCUGGCCUAGGUUUGUUUCAA